UGGGCUUCAGAGAGGAGCCAGCAGAUGGCGGCGCCUCUCCUUGGCUGGGAGAGGAGUCCCGAGCACGUUGUUUCCAGUGUAAACCCUCGCUUUGGUUACAAACCCUGCCUUCCUCCCCUCCCUCCCCCCUCCGGAGGCUGUGUAUCUGUCUCACAUUCACAUCCCAGCCUGUCACUAGCACAUCCGAAGGCGAGCAUGGCGCAAAGGGGGCCACUCGUGUCUCCAACAGGGACCCUCCCCAGGACAGCCCCUAGCCUGGCGCUGCUGCUGCUGCUCGGUGCCUGCUGGGCUGCGCGCCCCUCGGAGCAGUGGGGCGGCCAGAGCUCCAGCUGGGUGACCCGGGCAAGAAGGAACCCGCGGGAGCUGCUGUUCCGCGGCGGAGGCGGCGGCCGGGAGGAGGCUAGUGCGCUGGGGCGCGCUGGCGAAGGCGUGGGGGCUGCUGCGGGGAGUCGCUCCAGGAGAGCAUCCUCCACCUCCUCCCGCCCAGCCAGGGAGCAGGUCUCUCUGAUCAGCACCUCCUUCGUGCUCAAAGGGGACGCGUCUCACAACCAGGCGAUGGUGCACUGGACGGGCGAGAACAGCAGUGUGAUUCUGAUCCUUACCAAGUAUUACCAUACUGACAUGGGGAAGGUGCUGGAGAGUUCUUUGUGGAGGUCAUCAGAUUUUGGAACAUUAUAUACAAAGCUGAAUCUGCAGCCCGGGAUUACUACAGUCAUUGACAAUUUCUACAUUUGUCCCACCAACAAAAAAAAGAUAAUUCUUGUGAGUUCUUCACAUAAUGACCGGGACCAGAGCCUUUUCAUGAGCAUAGAUGAAGGAGCCACUUUUCAAAAGCAGCCCAUUACCUUCUUUGUGGAAACCCUGGUUUUUCACCCAAAAGAUGAGGAUAAGGUGAUUGCUUACACCAAGGAAGGCAAGCUAUAUGUGUCAGUUGACUUGGGGAAAAAAUGGACUCUUCUGCAGGAACGAGUGUCAAAAGACCAUAUUUUUUGGGCCGUUGCCGGAGUUGACAGAGACCCUGAUUUGGUUCAUAUGGAAAUCCAGGACCCCAGUGGAGGUUAUCGCUACAUCACCUGUCAGAUUCAGAAUUGCUCUGAUAAAACACCAACAGUCCAGUUUGCUGGCAGCAUCGACCGGGAUUCCUUGACUGUGCAAGAUGACUACAUAUUCCUCCAGACAACAUCAGCAAAUCGGACUAAAUAUUAUGUCUCUUACCGUCGAAAUGACUUCAUACAGAUGAAGCUACCAAAAUACGCAUUGCCAAAGGAUUUACAGAUUAUCAGUACAGAUGAAAACCAAGUAUUUGUGGCUGUUCAAGAAUGGUACCAGACAGACACGUACAACCUGUACCAAUCUGACCCACAGGGUGUAUACUACUCCAUUUUAUUAGAGAAUGUCAGGAGCACUAAGCAGCCAGAAGAGAAUGUCCUGAUAGAUAUUCUGGAGGUCAGAGGUGUUAAAGGAGUCUUUUUGGCCAAUCAGAAAAUUGAUGGGAAAGUUACAACUCUAAUAACCUACAACAAAGGUCGUGACUGGGACUAUCUGACCCCUCCAAUCUCUGAUAUGAAUGGUAAACCAACCAACUGCAAACCUCCUGAUUGCCAUCUUCAUCUCCAUCUCCGCUGGGCAGACAAUCCAUAUGUGUCAGGAACAGUCCAUACCAAGGACACUGCACCAGGGCUCAUAAUGGGGGCAGGUAAUCUGGGUUCCCAGCUGGUUGAGUAUAAAGAAGAAAUGUACAUAACAUCUGAUUGUGGGAAUACCUGGCGGCAGGUCUUUGAAGAAGAACAUCACAUCUUGUAUCUGGACCAUGGUGGAGUCAUUGUGGCCAUCAAAGACACUUCUAUCCCUCUGAAAAUACUCAAGUUCAGCAUAGAUGAAGGUCAGACAUGGAGUACACAUAAUUUCACCAGUACGUCAGUCUUCGUAGAUGGGCUACUCAGUGAACCUGGAGACGAGACAUUAGUCAUGACAGUCUUUGGACACAUCAGUUAUCGUUCAGACUGGGAGCUGGUGAAAGUAGACUUCAGACCAUCUUUCCCUAGGGAGUGCACAGAAGAUGACUAUGAAUCUUGGGACCUCACAGAUCUACAGGGUGAUCGCUGCAUCAUGGGUCAGCAGAGAAGUUUUCGGAAGAGGAAGAUUUCAUCCUGGUGCAUUAAAGGGAGGAGUUUCACAUCUGCUCUCACAUCCAAAGUUUGCGAGUGUGCAAACUCUGAUUUCUUAUGUGAUUAUGGAUUUGAACGUUCAGCACCUCUGAAAUCAGAAUCCAGCAAGUGCUUUGCUAACUUUUGGUUUAACCCAGAAUCACCCCCUGAAGAUUGCGUAUUAGGGCAGGCCUAUGUGAGCAGCACAGGGUACAGGAAAGUGGUGUCUAAUGUAUGUGAAGGUGGUGUUGACUUGCAGCAGAAUCUAGCCCAGCAUAUGUGUCCACUGAUUGCUCCCAAAAGCCUGCAGAUCAGCAUCAAAGGAGAGAGCCUAGCUGUUAAACCUGGAGAAGAUGUCACCUUUAUAGUCACACAAGAGCAGGGAGAUAUUCUAAAUACCAAGUACCAGGUGGACCUUGGAGAUGGCUUUAAGGCAAUAUAUGUGAACCUCACAAUGACAGGGGAACCCAUUCGGCACCGUUAUGAGAACCCUGGGAUUUACCGUGUCUCAGUCAGGGCGGAGAAUGUUGCCGGGCAUGAUGAGGCAGUGGUGUUUGUUCAAGUUAAUUCUCCACUGCAGGCUUUACAUCUAGAAGUGGUUCCAGUCAUUGGGAGAAACCAGGAGGUGAAUUUGACAGCCAUCGUAUUGCCCAAGAACCCUAACUUGACAGUCUUCUACUGGUGGAUAGGAAACAAUCUUCAGCCACGUCUCACUUUGGACAGUUUUUUGGUGACAAGAUUUGCUGAGACAGGUGAGGUGAGAGUUACAGUGCAGGCCUCCUGUGGGAACUCCAUGCUGCAGGAUUCCAAGAUUGUCCGAGUUUUUGAUCAUUUUCAAGUUCUUUCUCUAAAGUUUACUAAACAUCUGGACAUGUACAACCCCAACAUACCAGAGUGGAGGGAAGACAUAGGCCUGGUAGUAACACGACUUCUUGCAAAGGAAACUAAUAUCCCUGAAGAAACACUGGUGACAGUGGUGAAACCUGGUCUGCCCACAACUGCUGAUUUGCUCGUGCUGCUUCCAGCAAACCAGCCAAAGCGGAAGAGAAGUAUAACUAGUGACAAGAGAAUAGCUGCUAUAAAGCAGGCCUUGAAUGCACAUAACAUCAGCUUCUUCCUGAGGGAAGGAUACUGGGUCUUAGUGACGUUAGCCAGCUCUGAUUCAGACUCUCAGAGGAUUGGAGGAGGCAGUGGAUACUGGGCUAUAGUGGUUCUCUUUGUUAUCUGUCUAGUUGUAGUUGGGGCCUUCAUUCUCUACAAGUUUAAAAGGAAACUGCCAGGCAGAAAUGUCUAUGCCCAGAUGCACAAUGAAAAGGAACAGGAGAUGACCAGCCCUGUUAAUCACAGUGAGGACACCCAGAACAUCAUCCAGGGUGAGGAGUUUAUUGAUGAUGAUCUGGAUUCUCAGACGCUAGGUAACGCAAGAGUGACUCCUUCUGGGAGAGGUGGAAACUUGAACAGCUACAGAGUUCCCUUAUUGCUGAUGCCGGUCAGUGUCCAGUCCCAGGCAAUCACUCAGGCGUGGUUUUGAGCAUUAACUCCAGAGAGAUGCACAGUUACCUGGUUAGCUGAUGUUUACAGCUGAACACAAAAACCGAAAGACUCUUCUCUGUAUUGUUUAAUUUUUCCCUGGGGAUGUCACCAAAUUGCAAACAUGGCUGUACCUGCUGGUGGAAAGUAGGUUCCUAAACAGUCUUGAAACGACAAGUGUCCAUCAUCUGUUACUGUAGACUGGGAACUUGUUACAAUUGAAACUCAAACUAAGGUAGCACAUUUGUAGCCCUAGGCACACUAGAUGCCACAUUUUCUCUUUUCUGUAUAUGUUCUAGUUCUUUAUGUUCAGUUUUAGAAGGACUGGACUUUAGUUCUUUUUAUUGGGGGUGUUCAAUGGAAGACUGAAAUUCAGCAGCCCUGAAUUGUUGACUUUAAAAACCAGUGACUAGUAAGUACAAAGCAGAUGGCUGGUUGGUCGCUACAAAUUUGUACUUGUUUAAAAGGCUGUGACUGCCUGUUCUGGUUCAGCACUAAGAGAGGAAUGAGCAAGGAGAUAAAUGUACUCCUUAGCUCCUCUUCAAUCCAAGUUCUUACCUUUAAAAGGUGUGAGACAAUCUAAUGAGCUUCAGCUCACUAUGUGAGUCCCUGCUAUAAAUUGAGUAAGUAAUGUGUUAAGACUUCUUGCAAGUAAAAUGAGGCCUAAGAAGCCCCCAGCACCACUCCCUCACCCCACACCCAACCCACCCAAAAAAACCCACUAGCUUGGUGCUACUUCCAGACCAGGUGCUUUCACUUCUAGAGGCCGGUUGGUUUAAGUUGCUCUUCUGUCAUCUUCUAACUUGAGCACCUCCAUCAUGGCAGUUGCAAGACCAGUUCUUAUAUAAUAAACAGUUCUGACUGCCUGUCCCUUUUUCUCUUUUUAAAAAUGUAAAUACCUCUUUUAAGUA